AUGAACUAUUCUGAUUACGACUCCGACGGAUACUCGUCGAAUGAAGACGCAGACUAUGUUCCAUCAGAUGAUAACCUCAGUGAGGAUGACAUCAAUGAGUGUGAGAAGGAAGACCCUCUUCACGAGGACGACGCUGUGCCGUGUCCAGUCAACAUGCCCAAGAAGAAAAAGAAGAGGAAGGACAUCAGCUCCAGAAACAGGGGAGAAAUACCCCAGAGGCUGGAGAAAACAGAGGCUGGCUGCGGGGCAGAAGAGGCUCGGCCUCGGCGUCAAACUGACCAGGACGAUGAAGAAAAACAGAAGAAGAAAUCCGACGAUCUCUGGGCGAGUUUUCUAUCGGAUGUGGGAACCAGACCCAAAGACCCGGCCCCAGCCUCUCAGUCCGGGACCUUAAAGGAGACGCAAGUAAGUGAGACCCCAGAAGAAUUGGACUCUUCUUAG